UUCAGCUCAAACUACUUCAACCUUGCCUCUCUCUCUCUCUCUCUCCAGCAACAUGGCUUCCGGUGCGGCGGGGUUUCGUGUGCUCGCGCUGGUUCUCUUCAUGUCGGCUUUCGCAACCGCAGCUCCCUCCCUAAACGUGGGGCACUACCUUUUUACUUGCCCGUUUGCAGAAGCUAUCAUCAGGAAAACCGUAUUCGAUGCCGUCUCGAGGAACCCUGGGAUGGCGGCCGGUCUCGUUCGCAUGCAUUUUCAUGACUGUUUCGUUAGGGGUUGUGAUGCUUCAGUGCUCCUAAAAUCAACCCCAGGGAACCCGGCGGAAAGAGAUCACCCGGCAAACAACCCUAGCCUACGAGGGUUUGAAAUCAUCGAUCAGGCCAAGGCUCAGCUGGAAGCCUUGUGCCCCAGGACCGUCUCGUGUGCCGACAUCCUCGCUUUCGCCGCCCGCGACAGCGCCCUCAAGGCUGGGGGCAUAUUCUACAACGUCCCCGCUGGCCGCCGCGACGGCCGCGUCUCUCGCCUCCCAGAAGUUACACAGAACCUCCCAUCGCCAACCUUCAAUGCCCAACAGCUCAUCGCCAACUUCGCUAGGAAAGGGCUUACUGCGGACGAGAUGGUGACCCUCUCUGGAGCGCACUCGAUCGGAAUCUCCCAUUGCUCUUCCUUCUCGAGCCGCCUCUACUCGUUCAACGCCACGCUCGCCCAGGAUCCUUCCUUGGACCCUGCGUACGCCGCUUUCUUGAAGGCCAAGUGCCCACCGCGUAGCAAAGCGGCACAAGCAGACCCGACCGUGCCGCUGGACAGCAUCACGGCCAGCACUUUGGACAACAAGUACUACCUUCAGUUGCCGAAGCUCCGCGGCUUGUUGACUUCGGACGAGACGUUGUACACGAGUCCCUCGACUUCAAGGAUAGUCGCGAGCAACGCGAUGAACGGGUUUGCUUGGAGCGUGAAGUUCGCCAAGGCGAUGGUGAAGAUGGGAUCGAUCGACGUGCUCACCGGUGAACGAGGAGAGAUCAGGAAGCUGUGCAGUGUUGUGAACUGAGGACGUGCCACAGAGUUUUGAUUUUUGCAGGAUGGAGAUUGGGGGGAAGUGACCUCUCGUCCUUAAUAUUUAUUCUUUGCUUGACUGUGUUUGUUGUCCUUUUUAAUGUUAAGUUAUUUUCCAAUUAUGAAGGUCUUACGACGUUUCAUUCUCGGAUGUAAAAGUCUUUCUUGC